CAGAUUGCUAUAAAUACGGUGCCGCAUCGCAGCUCUGCAUCAGUUGAAUACAAAACAUAACAAAGUUCAAAUAAUAAACAAACUGUGUUUGCAGAACGCUAACAACCAAUUCGAUUUUCUCAAGUGAAUUUUUGGUGAAAAAAAGUAAAAAAAAAAACAAAACAAAAAGUAAAAAUGUCGCUUUUGCCAUACAUCAUUGAAGAAUAUUACCCAGCCAGCUGCCAUCAAUUUGGUUCGGGUUAUCCAAGCGACUUGUGGGUAUCGCCAGUUGAACGCUCGUUGCUUCACUCGCUAUCAAACACCGGCAAUUAUCUGCGAUCGCAAUUGUCGCAUCUGGACGAGCUAGAGAAACAUCACUUCGGACACAUUGGCAAAGACGGUUUCCAAGUUUGUCUCGACGUUCAACACUUCCAACCGAAUGAGAUCUCGGUGAAAACGGAAAAUAAUUCGAUUGUGGUGAACGCCAAACACGAAGAGAAGAAGGACGACCACGGUUACAUCUCACGAGAAUUUACUCGUCGCUAUGAACUACCAAAAGGAUUCAAGAUUGAAGACGUAACAUCAAGUCUCUCAUCUGAUGGCGUUCUCUCGAUUAAAUGCCCUAACGCUCCAGCCAUUGAAGGAUCCAACGUGCGCCAAAUUGAAAUCCAACAAACUGGCCCAGCCAAGCAAAGCAUCAAGAGCAACGAGGAGAAGAAGGAAAAUGUGCCAAAUGGAAAAUAAGUGAUUUAGAAAUAAGAUUGAUAAAGAGAAUAAAGAAUGAAAUAAGUUAAGAAGGAAAAUGGCAUAAGAAUAUAACCGAAAUUUUUAGAUUCCAUCAGAUUUGUAAUACCUCAUUGGUGAUCUCAAUAAUAAAAACCAACCAAAAUCAAAA